GUGGCUGAAUUGUGUGAUUCGUUCUGGUGCGCAUCCCCUUGGGUGGGAUAACCGUGCGUCUGACUCGGGACACCUCGCUCUACUUGGCAGCAUUUCCUAUGCCUGUUGACGCGCCGGCGUGUCCACCGCUGACCUGCCGGUGUCGCAUGCGCGACAUGAGCGAGACACCGAUGGCUCGCGCGUCCGAUUUCGGGACCGGAUAUUUGUCGGCUGUGAACGGAAGAAAACGACGAGAAGUGGUCAAAAGAUGUUGGCGACGCUGGCAUUGCGACUGCUACUUUGCCGUUCUCGCGUUCCACCUCAAAGCGGACCAAGGGACGAUACGAAACAUGGGACGCGCGCGAGAAAUUGACGUUUGUGUUGUGGCCGUCGGACUGAGUCUACGCGAGAAGCACACCCGUCUUCGAAGCGUCUAAUAACGGUGCCAGUCACGGCCUCUCUUAGCCGAUUCGCUCACCGCACUGCCGUCCCCCGUCUCGUAUCGAUCAUCUCCAGCGGGCUCUGUGCGCAGUGAGACCGCGGUCGAAAGAUGACAUGCAAGGCAACGACGCGCCGACUAUCACCUCUAAACUCUACCAGGGCAUCUUGGCCGUGAAGAGGGUGUUCGAGAUCCUGAAGUUCAAUGAGCCAGAUGAAGCCUACAUCACCGAGGACAUGCGCGACAAGGCGUACAACAUCUGCCGCGAGUUCCUGAGCGGCACGUGGAAAAGCAUCUCGAGCCGGGACAUGGUGUUCAAGUCCGUGAGUGGUGGCCUGAGCAACCUCCUGUACUACUGCUCUCUGCCCGAGACGCACACGCCCCUGUACGGCGAGCCCAGCCAGGUGCUGAUGCGCAUGUAUGGCCAGAUCCCCAGCGAGGGCAGUGACACCACCGUCACCGAGAGCGUCAUCUGUACUCUGCUGUCGGAGCGAAACCUGGGGCCCAAGCUCUACGGGGUCUUCCCGGGAGGACGCCUUGAGGAAUACAUUCCUGCGCGGGCAUUGACGCUCCAGCAGUUGAAGGACCCGGAAAUAUCACUGCUUAUUGCAAAAAAGUUGGCAAGGGUCCAUGUAUUGCAAGCCCCCUUGGUCAAGGAGCCCACCUGGCUUUUCAACAACAUGAACAGGUGGCUCAAGUAUGCACACUCCAUCAAGGUGGACACUGUGCCCAUUAAGCAGCAGACUAUGGCUGUCAAGCUGCUCACAACUGACCUUGCAGGUGAAAUCAACUGGCUGAAGGAGUUCUUGGGAAAGAUCGAGUCUCCGAUUAUGUUUUGCCACAAUGACCUUCAGGAAGGAAACAUUCUUUUCAUGGAUGCUCCAGGACCUAAGGAAGAGAACAUGGUGUUCAUUGAUUACGAGUACUGUGCCUACAACUAUAGGGGCUUUGACAUAGCAAACCACUUUUGCGAAUGGAUGUACGACUACUCUUACCCUGAGCAUCCUUACUUCAAGUCCCAGCCUGGAGACUAUCCAUCUGUAGCGCAUCAGCGGCUGUUCAUUGAGCGAUACCUGACCACAUACAUGAAGUGCCAGGAGAUGACGACUGAGCCUAAGCAGCCACCAAACCUUUGCACCGUAGAUUAUGUGCUCCAUGAGGCACGCGUCUUUGCGCUGGCCUCUCACCUCUUCUGGACUCUCUGGAGCAUUUUCAACGCUCACACGUCGAAGAUCAAGUUCGGCUAUUGGGAGUAUGGCCAGGCACGUCUUGAUGCGUUCUUCGCACUGAAGUGCAAACUGCUCCAUGGAAACGAUACGCCAGAAGUGGCACUUUCCCCCAACCAUACAUCACAGAGGGUUGUCAAUACGUAGGGCAACAGCGAGCAGCCGUCUCCUGGAUGCCUGCUUUAAAUCCUCUCCUCAUUGGUGCAUUCAAGGUGUGCGCAAUGACUGAGCAACGCCGAAGACUUCCAUUGCAUCCACUACCUUCACAGUGCAAAUCCCAAACCAAGUCUCUUAAGCUUCCUGAACAAGAGAAUGGCUGAUGUUUCAUGUCGUGGCUAGGCAUGUUCGACGAGUCUGAACUGCUCUAUCAUGUGCUGUGUGCGCUUUGCUGGCAAGGCUUUCACCAGGCUAACAUGAAAGAGACUUGUCUCGAGUGUCUGGCCAUUUCACAUCUGUCCUUUCAUAUUUGGUAUGGGUUUGUGUGCUUGUAUGAAUAGACCAAAGGGACCCGGUACCUUUCUUCCUUUUUUGUUGCGUUUGAAAUUUGUGAGAAAAGAGCUUCACUACGGGCACUUUGCUCAUGUCCAUGUGCCACUGUGAAGACAAUGUGUGGUGACGAAACAUUUCACCAGUGUCCUCCUAUUUUUGUGGAAGUGAACUGAACAUGUUUCUUCCACAGACAGUGCUGCUGCCAUUCUGCAGGGGGAGUGUGUCUUCAGCACCAGUUUGGGUGAACUGUGCUGUUCGAACACACUCAAUCCUGGCUGCAAACCAUUUGUACUCGGGAGGCAAGUGUCUUGCUGCCCCUUCUUGUGUCUUAGCUGGGCUCUCCCAGAGCCAUCGUUGCAUUUCACUGUUGUUCCUCAAGUGUGCUUGGAAGUGGCCUCGGAGAGGUGUUUGUGCGUGGGAAAGCACUGGGUGUGCCUUACUAAAAGUGCUGAGUAAAGUUCCCGUGAUGGGAGUGUGAAGGAGUCUGUAGGAAAGCUACAAAGGUGACAGGUGCCACACUUCAACACAUUUUUUUUUUCUUUUUUUGCCUCUAAAGGAGCUUAAAAAGGUGCUACUACACGCACUGUACAUUGCAGUGCUAGUGGAAGCAUAAUGGGUCAGCACUGUAGUAAAGCUCCUGCGGUCUUUGGGCAAAGGAGCAAAAAUGCCUUUAGCGUGCAUUAUGUGCUGCCUUUAUCUGACAAUACCUUGCACGGUGCUCUCUUAUGAAAGUGAUGCACCUUUUGAGGUGUGCGGGUGCGAAAAGCAAAAGGGUCAUUGUGCUAAGCUCUUACCACAUAUGCUAUGUACUACAUGGUUUAAAUUGUGAGGUGCAGUUUGUCUGCUUGUGACGGGACACCUUGUCAUACAUGACUUGUAUUGUGGUUCUCAACAGCCUUAGGUCAUCGCAUAAAAAUUGGGUUUUAUAAAUACUGGACCCAAAACUAGCACGGGCCACCUGCCCUGCAAACAAGAAAAGCCCAGGGUGCAAGCCAUUUCUUUCCACUAUUUAUGAAGCUCUAUGUGGCUGGAGCACAAUACUAUGCUCCAUUGACUCUCUGUGCUACUUGUAGUAUUUUGGUGCCUCAACAGUGGCCAUCGUACUAGAGUAUGCGUUCCUUUUAACAUGCAGUGUGGGUUAGUUUUCCGUCUCUAAGUGUAUGUGCAUGCAAGUGUUGCUGACAGGACCGGAACAGGCGGCACUUGUAGGUGACAAAAGCGCAUUUUUGUGUCUUGUUUUUGCGAGUCAGCUGUACAAGAUUGCCGUGCAAGCUUCUUCUACAUUGCACAGGGCUGCUGACUCAACAGAAUUGAGCAUAAUGCUUUAAGCAAAAAAGAGACAGUGAAUGUGAGAAGCACCGGAUCACUAAAAGAAACAAGAAUGGUGCUCUAGUCAUUGCAUUUUUCUUUUUAUGACAGUUUGUUUUUCCCUCCCACCAAAGUUAACGAGCGAAAAAGCUGACUGGGCUUUCCUUUUCCCAAUUGGAGGGAUGGUUUUGUCCCAGCUGCUUUGACCACUGCCCACAUUCCACCGAUUGUCGACACUGAAGCCCGAGUUUUAUAUACGGGGUGCCAGGAGCAUGCUCCUAAAGCCCCAUCAGAUCCACUUGGUGCAAACUGCCACCUUAUCAUUUGCACAACAGAAGUUGUGUUUGGGUGACCAUCAGGAAAAAGAACAUCCGGCAUGCUUUUGAGGAGUACAGUUAAUGUUUUUGCUGCAGAAUGGUGAGGGCUGGAAUGAGAUGUAUUAUUAAAUGCUGAAGUUGCUCGCCAUGUGUGAGCAAGGGAGAUUCGAACUAUUACAUCUGCUGCAUUUGUUGUUCUAGUACUGAUUAGGUGUUCCUUUUCAUAUUGGACAACCCUAUAUUGUAUAAAAUUACAUCUGAUGUAUACAAGACAAAAAUGAGAACAGUAUUUAGGUGGUUUGCAUUAGCAUCAGAUUGCUUGUUUAAUGCAUGAUAUUUGAUAGAUGUGCUAUGCAUAGCUUGCUUCUAGUUGAACUGAUUGAUGCCACGUGCCCUUGCCGUUUUUUUUUCUUCUUUUUCACAUUUAGACACAUCUUCACACUUGAAGGAAACCUACUGCCACUUUCAGUGUUAUUUUUCAGGUGCAGUGCUUUGGUCUAGCACGUUGUGCUGCUCUUUCUGAGUUGAAUGUUCCUGCGUGUUCUCAAUGUUUUGGCAGCAUUUAAUUAGCGGGAGACUUGAGGUUGCUAAUAGCUUCAAAGAGUAGCAUCCUUCAAGGUCCGUGUGUUGCAUGUUUUUAAGCAUUGCUGUGCAAUUUCGUUUCUCCCUUUCCUGCUUACUCAAGUGCAAUGUUUUUGUGAUUAAUUUAUGUACUGCAGCUGAUGUGUCACUUCAACAACUAAGAAUCCUGUUCACCAUACAGGUGUGGAGUUGUUCAAGACAAAGCCCAUAAUAGUGCUGGGAAGGACCACUUGCAGAUGAAUUUUUUCCCCCUUCCUGCCUGGAAACUGCAGUUUCUAUCUGUGUCACACAUUUCUGAGUUUGGUACUACUCAUGACCUAGUCUCCCAGACUGAACUAUUUUUUAGCUUUUCACACGAGCUCUCUUGAUGUACACUGUGAUGUGUCUGUAAAUAAAGGUGAUACUGUGAUUUA